AUGAUAAACGAGGAAGUCAUGGGUUGUUCAGAGUAAAAGCUAGAGAGCUUCCUCAGCUUUGUUUUUUUCAGCCAUGUUGCCGUAUAAACUCGAUUUGUUUUUUGUAUUCUUAGUGAUAAAUGUUUUUAACGCUUCGGAAUCAGCGGACAAACUGGAAGCAGUCCCGUCUUUGAGCGCCGUCAGCUCCCCCGUGUUUAAGCCUUCUGAGACCCCUGUAUUCUCCUUCAGUGUGCUGUCUUCCUUCCCAGAGGACCUGGAGAUCAGUGACUACUGCAGCGAGCUGCUCCACAUAUUCGGUCAGCGGUACGUGGCCUAUGCCAACUGCUUGGUGCCUGCUGCUCGACCCGUCAAAGUAUGUCAGAGCUGUUUCUCCACUUACAGCAGUCUCAAUGAAAGCUACGUGAACAUCUCGUCAGACAAGAUGGGUCCUGGUAAUGUGAGCUGCAGGGACAGCCUUCUGCGCAGUGAUCGGUUGAUGUUGGUUUUCCAGCUGUACAGCUAUCUGGGAGCUCUCUGGGACGAGUCCAAGUGUGCCAACUGUUUAACUAAAGGCUUCCAGGGCCUGACCAAUGACACGCUGGUCUUCAUGGCUACUCUCAAUCAAACUCUGACCUGUUUUGAAAAGUAUCAACAGGGGAACCACACGGAGCUGUGCAAAAACUGUAAGACUGCAUAUGGGAGCCUGAAUGCACUAUACAGCCAAAUGGAAAAGAGCAAUACUCUGUGUAUUGACAUAGAGGAUGCGAUGAAUAUGACCCGCAGACUGUGGAGUACAAAAUUCAAUUGUUCCUUCACCCAUGAAGAGAAUGUGCCUGUCAUCGCUGUGUCCAGCUUCAUGCUCUUUCUGCCCAUCAUCUUCUACUUGAGCAGCUUCCUUCACUCUGAACAAAAGAAACGCAAGCUCAUACACCCCAGGAGAGCGAAGUCAUCCGCGAGUCUGAUGAACAUUCAGGACAAACUGAGCUGAGGAGGACACACCUGACUGGAAUAGAGUGUUGAUUUGUGGGAGUACCUUUGUCUUCUCACUGCCUUGUGCCUGAAAUUUGACCAACCUUCACGAAUUUGAAGGACCUAACUGCAGCCUGCUCUCGCUGUUUUUAGCAGGCUGUGAUACCAAACAAUAUCAAGAGGAACUGAAGGAUCUGAACAAAUGCAAUGCUUUUUUCUUAUUGCACUAAAUGGACUUUGGAUACAUAAAAGUUAUAGCUUUUGCAUCCUUUUAGUAAAUUUGCUUGGGACACAUGCAAAAUGUACAUUUACAGAAGUUGCUCAGAGGCUGUUGAAUCCACAGUUAGACCGUAUUUAGAUUCUUUGUUUUGUAAAGUUGAACAUUUAUGGAUCUCCAUAAAACAGAAAUAAGUUCACACGUUCAUUUUUGAACUUGAAAUCACACGGCUGCUCGUGUUGCUAGGUAUGCUCUUAAUCCACAGGCAGCGCUGGCUUCUCCUUCCUUUUUAACUCGUUAACAAUCUCCACGUUGUUCACUGUAGUCUGCUGUUACUGGAGUGAGUGAGUGGCUUGAAUGUAGUGUGUGUGUGUGUGUGUGUGUGUG